GCCAAGAUCGCUGACUUUGGACUGUUAAAGGCGGGAGAGGGAACCGCUGUCCGCACGACUCGGGUGAUGGGGACACCGGGCUAUGUGGAUCCCAUCUACUCACGCACGUCCAAGGCCACCACUGCAACUGAUGUCUACAGCUUCGGUGUUCUCAUGCUUGUGGUGCUUACCGGCCGUAGCCCCCACACUGGUGAUGGUGAAAGGAAUGGGCACAUUCUGCGAUGGGCCGACGAUUGCAUUUCCUCCAAAAGAACUGACCCUCUCAAAGACCCGAGCAUGGACGCCCCGGAUGAUGCUGUGCUGCGCCUGGCCCAGCUGGCUCUGCGCUGCACUGUGCAACGCACUGCAAGCCGGCCCAACAUGGCAGACAUUGCCAACGAGCUGCAGGGAAUCAGGCACGAGGUGGUGGGGAAGGAGGAGCUCAGUGCAGCAGUUAAGGUGGAUGAGCAAGCAGAGGGGAUGCGAAGUGGGACAUCAUACCCCAAUAACCUGGCUGCAAUGUUGCAAGCUAUUAAGGGCAUGGAGGAAGACAAAUAA